AUGGGAAAUGAACAGGAGAAAGACUCAUUAAUAAAUGAUGAAGGUACUUUUCUACUUAUUACAGUACGUUGAAUGCAAGGGUCUUGACUGUUUGUAACAAUUACAAAUUAAAUUACUUCAAAGUAAACUUCUCACACAUUGCAUAAAUAGGAGCUGCUGCAUCACCGGUCACAAACUUGAAAGUUAUAAUAUUUAUGACACAAUUGUUGUCUUCACAAUUGUUCAUUCAUUACAAAAAGUGAUAUUUUCAGUAAGAUACAAAUAUUUUCAGUGUUAAAGCAAUAGUAUAUGUUUUAACACCCUAUUUGUUGCCCCCAAGAAAUGUGAGGAAACUGUUUAUUGUUUGGGGUUAUACCACAGGAGGCCCAGGCUCGAUUUGCCCGCGCCCGCCUGUGCCUUCCUUAUAACGAGGGAAGGAAGGAAACAUUGAGACCAAAAUAGCCCAGACUUGGCAUAUGUCACACGAAACUAUCCUUGAUUUUUCGGCUUUAAUGCAUUUCUUUCACGGUUAAUCGACAUCCCCUGCAAGAAUGAUACCGUAUAACUCUCAAAACAACGAUGCUUUAAUGAAAGAGCUUAAAUUGGCUCUGAAAUCCGUGAGGGAAUAACAAAAUUCGGCCAAAAUAUAUCCGCGUGCCGGGUUUGCUGGACAAAAAGCGGAAGUCGUUGAACAACUCAAAAUACACUCAACCCUGAUUGGACAACGAAAAUCAACAAACAUUUCAAACUUUUCUCCACUGGGAGGGGGGAUAGUACUUGGAACAGUACUGUCAUAGGCGUACCGGGCGGGGGGGGGGGGGGGGGGCGGUAGCCCCCCCCCCCAGUUUUUUGGGCAGUCGGGCAAUAUUCGAUCAACAGUCGGGCAAUUUUGGUUUGCAAUAAAAAAAAGGGACAAAUUCUGUAAAUUUUGUCUAAAAUUAAGUCAUUUUUUUGGCAAAUUUUUUGAUUUUUCGAAAAUUUGUGUUAUGUUCCGAAAAAGAAUGGUUGUCCGGAAAAUUUUUUUGACCCCUAAAAUGGUACACUGACCGAAAUUUUUUUGAUAAAGUCUACUACAAGUCGAUUAUAUGUGUUACUGUAAAUAUAACUGUAACUAUAACUAUAAUUUGCCAAUGCCAAGUCUGGGCUAUUUUGGUCUUAAUGUUUCCUUCCUUCCCUCGUUAUAAGGAAGGCACAGGCGGGCGCGGGCAAAUCGAGCCUGGGCUUCCUGUGGUUAUACAGUACCAGUUGCCACUUUUCAAAACUAUUACCAUAAUACCCUGCAUAUAAGCACUCUGCAGAUAAAGGCGCCUGUGCUUGUAUCCGAACAUAAGUGCAUGUGCCUAAUUAUUAAACUAUCAAAAAGGAUGCGACAACUGGCGGCCAGACCCCAUAUGUGUCGUUCUUGGUAUGAGAGUCAGGUAUGCCGAUAAGCAAAAUUGUAAUGUAUGCAUAUAAAAUGUGAAUUUUUACUCCAAAAUUUUUCCAGAAAUGAAAAAUUAACCCAUUGAGUUGCAUUGCAUCCCAAUGUACCCAAUUCUGUCUAAUGCCAGACAAUUUUACUUGUUAAUUAAGGGACAAGUCAUUAUUAAGGCCGGGUAGGGGGCCGGAGGAAAUUUUUAUGAAUAGCAAAAAUAUUUCAUGACCCCUUAUUUUUCUAACAAAAUCAUUUUAUCCCCCCCCCACACCUUAUUGAGGCAACAUAUUUCACCCCCCCUUCCCUCCCCCCACCCCCAAUUCGGAAUUAAAUGACUCUAAGUCAGUUUCGUAAGCAUUUUUCCUGCCCUCAUACUCAGUUUACUUGCAGCUGUAAAGAAUAUUGUAAAUAUUGAAAAUGAUAGCCAACUGGUGGACAGGAGUGACUUUAGUUUCACAAUAGACACAAUAGACAAUUCAGACUUUAUACCUGAAAAGUUGUUGGCCCUCAAACAAAAAACCCACACAUUAGGCAUAGUCUUUUACUAAUUGAAAAAACAUUUGUGUCUGGUGGAAGCAUUAUUUUGAAGAGAUGGCAGAAGAGACUGUCAACAACAUGCAGAAACAGAACAUGCCAAAGAGGUCCACUGUGUUAAAAAGCAUAAAACAGGACAACAACUGUCAAUUGAAUCUUGCAUUUGCAAAUACAGUGCAUGACCCUUCAGACAAAUUCUACGGUGAUGAUGAGGAUGACAAUGUCCAUAUACAGUAGCUAGAACACAACUUUUAGGUUCAAUAUACUGGGCAUUACUGUUCAAUGUAUGUAUGUAUACUGUAUAUAUCCAUUACUCUUUUGAUAUUACAUGUUACAAACUAUUCCACAGAUUUUAUUUUUUGCCCCCCCCCCUUAUGUUCAAAAUAUUUUCUGCCCCCCCCCCCCCUUUACUGGUCAAAAUUUUUUUGUGGCCCCUCUAAAUUUCCUCCGGCCCCCUACCCGGCAUUAAUAAUGACUGGUCCCUAAGGGGAGAGAGCUGGCCCUCAAUGGGUUAAUCAAGACUAUCUGCCCACAAUGUUAACCCAUUGAGUUGCUUUGAGGCCCAAAUUAUGAACCCAACUUUGUUAUUUUACUCUGUCUAAUGCCAGACAGUUUUACUUAAAGAGAGCACUGCCGCCACUCAGUGGAUUAAGUGUUACCCACAUGCAUAACUGCUAUGUUCUUCCUCUCAAAUAGACAUCCUUGCCGAAGCAAGUGGUAGGAAUGAGACGGGUAAAAAAUGCAACUCAAUUCUAUUAACAACUAGUUAGUAUUAGUAAUACAUGUUAAUUUUAGACAUAGUUGUAAUAAAUGUGAUGUUAUAAUAAUCACAUCCUUCUCCAAUACAGUAUGUUUAUGAAAGAAGUCAGAAUAUGUUUACUAUUCCAAUGGUUACUGAGCUUCGGAUGCAAAGUAUACAAAAUUUAAAAUUUAAAAUCUAGUAUUAUAUGAGUAUCCAGGAUGUAUAGCAAAUUAUGGGCACAGAGAAAUUUAUUUAAAUUAUUUUCCAUUUGCAUGUAGACUUGUUUCAAAACAACAUAAAUCAAAUUGCCUCAUUUAAGGGAAUGUUUUGCCUAAGAGCAGAUUACUAGACAAUACUAGAAUAUUGUGAAAAGAAUUUUUCUACUAAUUUUAAAGAAACAUAUAAUGUUGGUGAAAUCACCGCAAAAUUGGUAGCGAAAGCAUUUUGGAAAGAAGAGGUCAACCAAGAACUUUCAGACUUGGGAAUAGAUGAAAAGUGGACUUUCGUGCCUAAUGCAGCCGGGUGCUUGAGUGGGAACUAUGAUGAUGCCAUGGAAUAUGCAAAUAAGCAUCGCAGUCACAGUAUAUAUUCACAUGAUUGCUCUGACUUGUGCAAAAAGAAAGGUAAUAUUCAGUACAUAAUAUGAAAAAUGUACCUGAAAAUGUAGCUAUAUAGACAAUGAUGGCAAAUUAAUACUCAUUUGUGGAGUAAUUAUAGACAUUAUAAUAGAUUACAUUUUCAUCCAAUUAAUUAUUAAUCCUUAAGCUGCAAUGGAUCCCAUUGAACCCUACUUCACUCUGUCCAGUGCCGGAUUAUUUGUUUUAAAUAUCUGUGACAGCGUAGAUAUACAGUAGUGCCCAAUCUCUCAACAAAAGGGGCUUUGCUCGAAACGAGUCAAAUUAUUUUACUCUACUGUAUUUAAUAACAAGAUGAUUUUUCUCAUCAAGAUUCAUUGUAAUACAGUAGUUUAAACAAUGCUAAUAUACGAAUGUCUCUUAUUCAUUCAAAAAGCUGCACAGCAGCCAGGGAUGCUGGGCAAAGCACUAUAAUUAUCUUACUUUCGCUACCACCACAUGAUUUAGUUGUCAAAGGGACAGUAACUAAUUGUGCAUUUAAGGUUAACUUUUGUUGCAUACAUGCUUCAAUGUGCAUUCAUGCUAGUGCUGUGCAAAGGCUAGCUAGUGCUACACUCUCCUAAUUUGCCCUAGCUAUUUUAUCAUUUUCAGGUCAAUGGGAGAGUGCUGCCACUCAAUGAGUUAAAUUAAUGAGUCUACAUGCUCUAUGUAUUUAGUACUAAGGCCCGUUUCAUACGCCGUACUUCACAUGUGCCGAAUACAUUAAAGACAAUAGAUAAUGAGCUGAAAUGCCUCAUUACCUAUUGUUUUUAAUGUAUUCGGCACAUGUGAAGUACGGCGUAUGAAACGGGCCUAAGUGUUUAUAAUUUUUGCAUUUAUUACCUGUAGGUUGUGGUGCACUAUACGUGGCUGAUGGCAAUUGGAAACUUAGAUAUGCGCAUUGUAUGUGGAAAGUUCCAGUUGUGAUUGAAGGAUUUGGCAAGAUUAAUUAUCCAUCAGUCUGUCCUUUAACACCGGUUCGUGGAAAGGCCUUUUGUGAUGCCCAUGUGAAAGUUGCAGAAAAACAACAAAUUAAGACGGACUUGAGAGAAUUUUUGAAGUCAUGUGGGUCAAAUGAGAAUGAUUGCUGUGAGACUGACAGUACGUAUGUAGUGUACUACUUGUAUGUCUAAUAGUGUAUGUACAGUAUACAAACAAAUCACACAUAAUUCAUGAAGUUUAAUACUAGUAUCAUGCUGUACUGAACUAACAAAAUAAGACUAUUGGACAAGUAUCCCAAUGGUUGCAGGUUCGAUUCCCACCAUCGUCAGGCAAAAACGUUUCUUCAGCUUGCACGGCACACACACAGAAUAACAUCAGGCCCACCAGUGACAUCAAUGCAUGACGUAUUUAAUUGUUUUUAAACUGAGGGGGUCACUUUUUAAUUGAUCGAUCAUUUGUAAUGCAACGCAGGGUUGUGGUUGUGUAUAGUUUUUAGGAUUUCCACUGUUUUUUUUAUAUUUGUAAUAGAAAUGGUUUUACGAAGCCAUGACAAAAUGGAGGAACAGCUCGACAAGUUGGCAGAGUCCAGUAAUGUGAAUGCUACAACCUAUCAAGGUAAAAUUUCAAUUCUCAAGUUUACGAGCAUAUAUGCAAAUGUUUCUUUUGGAAUUGUUUAUUGUGCUCAGGGGUGUCAGAACUAUGGAGUGGCUGCCCCUUUGUCCUUUUCCCUUUUGGGGGCGGCCUGAAACUGAAAAAUAUGUGACAAGGGGCGACCCCAAUUUUUUAAUACUUUCCUGCUCAUUUUUAAUCUCACGCCUUUUUCGUAUAUCCCACAAAAUGUUUCGCCUUUUUUAGUUCCUAUAAUCGUUGUUUCCAUAGUUUAUUACGUAUAUGCAGUUCACCAUAGCGGGCAUAGGAGUCGGAGUAAAUAACAACCAUUUUGAAUAGUGGUCCUCUAAUUAUUUAGGCUACACAAUGUCUUACACCAAUACUUGUCUCAUUACCUAUUUUACGCCAAAAUUUUUUUCAAUAUUUGGUAUUUAGGCCAAAAAAAAAAAUAUGUGGGUUUCCGGUUUCUUCUUAUAAAAACUUAGGUAGGGUAGGUCGGUUUUAACUUUUUUUUUUAAACUUUUUUUUUAAUUUUCCGAACAAGCGGACGCCAUUUUGUUUAUUCAGUGCUUCCACAUCCAAAGAUAAAUUUCCCUAAUAUUUCCUCAAAUUUCAAUUUUCCACAAACUUUUUCCUCUAAGUGGAAACACUUACAAGCAUGAUCCAAUAAAAAAGUUUAGGGUCGGGAUUUCGACGUCCAAAAGCUAGGUAGGGUCGGGAAACCGGAAACCCACAUUUUUUUUUUUGGCCUUAUCACACUCGCCCCCCUCCUUGAAGGCUUAAAGUUCAGAAUCUUUACCUUGAAUGUAAUUUGUUAUUUGCAGAAACAAAGUAAAAAUCUACAGUACAAGAACUUAUAAAUUUAGCAUUCCAAAUUUAUAUUAUUUAUUUGUUAUAAAUGUGUAGAAUUUCGUAAACCGGUUUGACAAUUUUUUAUAUGCGAGGUUCGGACUUGAGAUUCGGAACCCAAUCUUUUGAGGUUUGUAAUAAAUUUUACCAGAAGAUCUCCUUCUUUCGUGUUUCGCGUAUUUCACCUGCCAUUGGAUGGGUGAAGAUUUACAUGUACCGUGUUAAUUAACGAAUUUUUUGUUAUUGUACACAACAAAAUUUAUAAUUUUUAAGGGACUUCUGACUUCCUUGAAAAGUAUCAUAAUGCUAUUGAUGGUGCGAAUAGUGAUCAGAUAGAGGACAUACAGUGCAACAAAGAUACUGGAGGAAAGACGACUCUACACAGUUGGUCCAGAGGUUCAAUGUGGAUCGUUACUGCAGGUGGAAUUAUAGAGUACUUUCAGCCUUUGUACAGGUUAGUUUGAACUCGUAAAAUGUUUUCAAAAUAAAUUUUAAUUCAUUACAAAUUAUCAUAUAAUUGUAACAAAUCGUGUACGUGACACACUGGAAUAAGUGAAGAUCUCGGAACACUCCAGCAACGAGAAAAAUAAUUGCAUUGUGUUUUCUCAAUAUUGCAUCAGCUACUAGGUUACCACUGUACUUUCGUUAUCUAGAUCUACAGAUCUCCCCCUCCUUGUACAAAUGGAUUUUUAAACACAGUAUUAUUGCAACAAACAUUUCAAAAUAAUUUUCAGUUUUCUUCCAUUAAGGUCAGAAUCUCCAACUCAGGCCUUCGUCAUAUUUAUGUCUUGGCUUUUGUUAAAAUUUAAGCCCAUGAUAGAAAAUGGCUUGGAUAAUGAAGAGGUCACGAAGGCCAUUGAAUCAACAAUACUGUCCUACGACAAUAUGUGCCACGUGGAUAACAUGAAGAUAUGUAGACAGGACCUAACCCUUCCUGCACCACUAAACCUUUCAUGGAAGCUUCUUGGUAAAGUUAUUGACAGGCUUCACCUGAGAAAUCACAAAGACCCAAAAUGCAAGAAAUAUUAUGAUCCAGAUGGGAAAGUGCCUAAAGAAUUCAACUCUAUGGCAGCAGAGCAAACGUUUGUUUGGGCAAGUAGGAUGAAAAAAAUAGUUUGUGCAAUGCCGCGACUACAUCAUUUUUUUUACGUGCAUCGUGCAAUAAAAAGGCGUAAUGCUUACACUCAGAGAUGCUACAAAUUAAACAAGAACCCUGUCCUUCCCAAAUUGAGCAAGGAUCAUUACACUUCAGACAUCAAUUAG